AGGGAAAGGGGCGGGGGGUGACCACCCAAUGUCUCAAAUACCGCGCAAGUGUAUGUAUAUACCCGUGGUGGUGUGUUAGUGAAUUGCGAAUAUUUUGUGGUAUGUUGGGGGCAUAAUAAUUGUACAUGUUAUCAAGGAGGCUGCAUCCCAGUUAAAAUUAAGAAAUGCUUGUAGAAUUAAAGAACGGGGAGACAUACAAUGGUCACUUGGUGAGCUGUGAUAAUUGGAUGAAUAUAAACUUACGUGAAGUAAUUUGUACAUCUCGAGAUGGAGACAAAUUUUGGAGAAUGCCUGAAUGUUAUAUAAGAGGAAGUACUAUAAAAUACCUAAGAAUUCCAGAUGAAGUAAUUGACAUGGUAAAAGAAGAAACUGUAAUCAAAGGAAGAGGUAGAGGCGAAAUGAAAGGACGAGGUGGCCAGGCACAGAGAGGAAGAGGUGGCGGCCGAGGAACCUUUGGAGGACGUGGUGGACGACCUGCUCCUCUUGGUCGGGGGGGUAUAGGAAGAAAUCCAAACAAUAAGAUGAAAAAUAAGUGAAAUAUUCAUCAUUGAGUGUAUGUUGCUUUUAUUUAUAAGAUAGCAGUGUAUCUUUGGUCAGAUUCCUCCUGAAGUUUUAUUUGUUUUCAGAAAAUUCAGUUGUCUUUCAAUGUUUAUAAAAGACCAGCAAUUGAAAUAUCUUUAGUUACAAGUUUCAUUCAAAUGUUUUCUUAAAUCAUAUGUAAAAUUAAAUAUGCCAUUGGCACACACCAAAAGUAACAUUUUUUCCCCUGCCUUGUUUCCCAAGCAAUACCGACUCUUCCAUUGAAUUUAUGGAAUACUAUUUUGCUGUGAAUUUAUUGUGACCAGUGCAAGAACUAUUCCUGAACUCUGAAGAGACAAGAAAUGAUAAUUUUAGAAUAAGGAAGACAUAUGUAAUUGGACAUUUUUAUAAAACAACUGGAUACUGUGUUUAAACUCAGCUGCAACAAAAGAUGCUGCUGAACCAAACCACACUAAAUGGUUUUCCAAAAAGUAGUACACACACUGCUUAAGAACAAUAAAUAAAAUGCUCUCAUAUAACACUGCAAUAAAUUUUAAGAAACAAAAAAACAGGCAUCACAAGUCCUGCAAUAAUAUUUAUGUAGUAUAACAAAGCAUAUAUCGUGUAGGGGAUACUCGCUGCCAGGAUUAGCAAAAUACUUUAAAUUUAGUAUUUAAAAGCCUCACCAAAAUACUGUGUAAAUAAGAAUUUAAAAACAUACUCAAAUUACCAAUCAGGUUUGAUUGGCUUGAUAUUUAAAACACUCAAAAUACCUUCAGUAUAAACAUUUUGUUGUAUCUUUUUUAUUGCAACAAUAUAUUGUAAUUGUCAAUUACAAUAAAUUAGUAAUUCAGUCAUACGAAUUUAUGAACAAUAACAAACUUAAUAUACAUGUAUACACUUUCAAAUAGAAAAUGAUAUAAAAAAUAUAUC